AAACCCUUUCCAUUGCCUAUAUAUCCUGGUAAUCGUUCCUCUCAGGUAAGUCGGCUGCCACCUUACCGCUACUCAUGUCCAGCCCAAGUCCCAGUACUCGAGUUGCCAGUGGGUACUCAGCACAGUUAUCACAACCGAACACACCCCCAGAUGAUUUUUUCGACAAAUUUCCACCCACGUGGAAUGCUCCAAAACACUUUGUUUCUCGGCAUAUCUUCCAAAUAUGCUGCUUCAUAUUCACCUGGCGCAGCGAUCUGCACUGGUUACACGAGCUCUUGAAAGAAGGAAACGCCUGGGAAGAUCUGCAUAGUCGAUAUCUCACCCAGCUCAAUCAAGUGAGCACAGUGCAAGGACUUGUGCUUGCCACUGCAGCGGUCUUUAUGUCCUCAAAUCCACCACUUGCGAAAGAUGUCGACUAUAUAUCUAAUGCAUCUUAUGCCUGUUUGGCGGAGUCGCUUAUCUUUUCAUUGUUUGGGCUAUUGUUCCAGCUGAAGGUAUCCGCCUCCGGAAUCGUUUUUCAACAACGUAGUGCUGCAAAAAUCAUAAUCGAGAGGCGCUGGAGAAUAUUCUGGCACCUCCUGGGUUUGGUAGUGCCAAUCAUUAUCUUUACCAUAUCAGUGGUGCUUUUACUCAUAGCCAUCGUGCUCACGGGGUUCGCAUCUCACUCCGAAACUGUCCGAAUUUAUCUGAGCGUAACAUUCGCUUUCCUUGCCACUUGUCAUUUGGUGUCGAUUCUGGGUUCGCCAUUCUACCACCAUUUUUCAAACCUAUGGGUCCACAUUCUUCGCACCGAGAGUGGCGACAAACCUCAGGAAGAGGGCGGCGCCUGAGCAUUCGGUGCUAGAGGUUCCGCAAGGGUACUGAUCUACCAUAACUAACACGGUGCCGGAAACGGACUCGCCUGUAAAUGUUUCCGGCACCACGCGUCCAGCUGAGCGCAGCCUUAUUUGCCUGCACCUACUUCAUUCUCUCGACCACGAACUCGUCCACACUCUGGAUCUACAUUCUUUUGGACACUCCCUUUUCUCUGAUAUUCUGUUUUACAAACAUUCAUUCCUUAUCACAUUUACUUUAUAUACAUUUCAUAGCACAUUAUUAGUUAUGCUUUGUUCAACACAAUUCAAUUGCCGUUCCCAG